AAGAAGACAAAGUAAGAGCGUGCAGAGAGGAGGAGAAGAAAAAUGAAGAAAAGAAAGAGAAGCUAGAAGAGUGCAAGAGAGGUGGAGGCGGAGGCAGCAGUAAUCCCCCGGAUGUUGGACCGUCUGACAUUUGCUUAUGAACAGCAACUAACUAAAGAUGGAUGUAAGUCCCCUCUUCUUGCUGUUUCUUGUGCUCAGCCUCAUUGAAAGAGGUCUCUGCAUCAAAUGUUACAACUGUAACUCAUCACCUUUCCAGAGUGGAAGAUUCUGUGUUGAACUACCAAGGAAAUCUUCAUUUGAAAUUGACUGUGAUUUAUUCCAAAAAAAUUACACACGAUGCCGUAAAGUGGUUCAAAAUGUUGAUGAUGAUGUACGAAUAAUUCGCCAAUGUGCAACAUCAGAUGGCAAACUUGGUUGCGAAAGUCGAGUUGGAACCAAAAAUAUAAAGAUGAAAUACUGUCUCUGUGACAAAGACCGUUGUAACUCUGCACCAGUGCCAACAAGUUUUAUCUCAAGGUUCCUGUUAUAUGGAUUUGCCAGCAUGGUGGUAGUCAUCACUAGAACAAUGCAUAAUGUCUUUUGAGAAGGCUCUUCAAAGACAUCUUAAUAACACGCCAAAAUCUUACACAACUGCGGAUGGUAAUAUGAAGAAUGAUUGAAAAUGUUACGUCGAAAAUGGAAAGAAAAGAAGAAAAAAAUUUUUUUUUUUCAAUACGAAUAAAUGUAAAUGAGAACUGGAAUGAAAAGUGUAACCAAUUUUGCUUUUUUUUUUAAUUAAAAAUUUUUUUGAUAUUUUCUUAUCUUUAAUUUUUUUACUGUCUUUUCUAGGUUUGUUUGUAUUAUUUUUCUUUUGUCAUUGUUGUCUGUUUAAUAUAAUUUUUGUGUAACGUUUGUAUAAAUACAUUUCUUUAUAUUCAUUAUAUAUACAUUUAUAUAUGCAUGUGUGUAUGUAUGAGUUUGUAUGAAUAUGUAAGUAUGCAUAUAUAUAUCUAUAAAUCAAUAUAUAUAUAUAUAUAUAUAUAUCCACACACAUACACACAAAUAUAUUCUCAUGUAUAUAUAUGUAUGUAUGUAUAUAUAUAUAUAUAUAUAUAUAUAUACUAUUACCUUUGUGUCUAUAUGACAAAAUAUUGCUAUUAUUUGAAAUAUUAAAAAAAAAGAUAAAAUCAAA